CAACGCUUAAAUCCCACUUGCUUUUUCACCUCUAUAUAAACAACCCCAUAAUCCUCCAAUAAUCACCCAAGAACUAGAAAAAUGGUACGUAUAACGCCGCCGUGCACUCCAGAACGCAACUCCGGCGGUGGUGGCGGAAGCUCGUUCAAGAAACUAUCCAUACCGGUAAUACAACCCUUCACUUCUUUUUGGUCUCUAUGCGCGAAACAUGUCAGCCGGGCCGCCAAGAAGAUGGCUUCCGGUUCGCCAAAAUCGCCGUUGCCUAAGACGAAGCAUCUUCUAAUGACUGUGAGCAACAAGGCGAUGAAAUUCCGGCGCAAGAAAAAUACCGGCGACAAGUUUGGUGGAGAUGAUGAUGAUAUUUCGUUCGGAGAUGAAGGGCUGUGGCAGAGGGCUAUAUUGAUGGGAGAUAAAUGUGAGCCGUUGAAUUUUUCCGGUGUAAUUUAUUAUGAUUGCGAUGGAAAAAAGUUGCCGGAGCCUCCCGGAAAAUCACCUCGUGCUAGUCCUCUGCCGAGAUAUGCUUACGUGUCGCCGGAUAAGUGAGAGAAAAUGAAUAGGUGAUAGGGUCAGUGGGUCACCUCUGGGUGUUGUAUUGAGGUCACAAUUUUUGAUGUCUGUAAUCUUCAUCUUUAUUACUGUGAUUUUGUUAAUUACGUUAAUCUUUAACUUUAAAUAAGAUUAAUAUGCCCGUCUCGUCAUGGAACGAUUAUGGAA